AUGAGAUUAUCAAAUAUUUCAACAGCUCCCUAUCGACCUCAAAUUAAAUCAAUAAGUCAAGGAGAUGUUCAAUCAUUUCAAUUCACUAAUGGAUUUACUUCUUCAUUCGCAUCAUCAACGAAUAGAUGGUUCAAUCAAAAACAAAAUAGAAUAUCACCAGAAAUGGACACUACUUGGAUGUAUAAUCAUAAAUUACGAACAAAUACUGAUAAUAAAAAAAAAAAUUAUCAUCGAGCUUGUUUUUGGAUUCUGGUUGUUCUUAUACUAAUUCUUAUUGUGGGCGCUGUUAUUGGCAUCGUACUUGGUCUUACUCUAUUAAUAACAACAACAACACCAACAACACAGAUAUCAAUCGCAUGUUCGAAUACAGGUCAUGGUGUACUUGCAUUGCAAAAUCAAACAACACCAACUACAUGGACAUCAUAUUCACGUUCUUUUACACCGACAAGCGCUGCACCUACACUGAUAUUUGGAUUUCAAAUUGAUGGUACUAAUAGCUUUUAUUUAGAUACUGUCUCGGUCAUUGAUAGUACUCUAUCAUCAACUCAGUUAUUGACCAAUCCUAAUUUUGAAAAUUCUACAACAACACCAACUGGUUGGAUUAUAUCAUGUGAAGCGACAACAUGUGGUUCUAGUGCUGCUAGUAUAGUAACUAACUCUCAAUGUUCAUCUGGAUAUUGUUUUGAGAGUUCUUGUUCAUCUGGUCGUUCAGCUCUCAUCUUUCUAAGUCAAACAUUUGCAACGACAAGUGGAAAUUUACAUACAGUCUCUUAUAUGUUGAAACGAACAAAUAUCGGCAGUAGUGGAAUUAUGGCUUUUUAUCUUGAUGUUGUCUAG